UUCUCUUAGAAACAAGGCGGUGCUUGUUUCCAGGAAGUAGUACAGCAACGUGACUUUACAUUGCUCCCUGUUGCUGCUAGCCUGUCCGUUUCAAAUUAUAUUUUCAAACAAGUUUAUAUAUAUAUAUAAGGAUAUAUAUAUAUAUAUUAGAACAGAAAAUGGGUGAUGAUGAAAAGUAUGACGGGAUGUUGCUUGUUAUGGCACAACAGCACGAAGGAGGUGUACAAGAGUUAGUAAACACGUUUUUCAGCUUCCUCCGGCGUAAAACAGACUUCUUUACGGGUGGCGAGGCAGGUGCACCAGAGAAGCUGGUGAAGGAGUCGUUUGCCCAACACAGCGGUCUUGCCCUGAAGGCCCACAGAGAGAAGGAGAAGAGACAGGAGAAGGAGAAGAGAGAGAAGGCAGAGAGGGCUGCUAAGCUAGCUGAAGAAGAGGAGAAAAAUAAGAUUAAGAAAGCAGACGACGAGCCCAAAAUCAAAGAACUGACAGACGAAGAGGCAGAGAGACUUCAGUCUGAAAUCGACAAGCAAAAGAAACAAGAGGAGAAGAAAGAGGCCACAAACACAAAUGCAGAAAUUCCACCUGAGAAAGCUGAGAAGGAAGGGAGAGAGAAGGGAGAGAAGGAGACUGAUUCCGAUGGAGAAGAAGAUGAGAAAGACAAGGACAAGAUUAAACCUAAUGCAGGCAAUGGAGCUGACCUGGCCAACUAUCGUUGGACACAAUCCCUGUCUGAAGUGGACCUGGUGGUGCCUUUUGAUGUGAAGUUCCGUAUGAAGGGGAAGGAUGUGGUGGUGGACAUCCAGCGUGGUGUGCUGAAGGUGGGUCUGAAGGGCCAUCCUCCUGUGAUCGAUGGACAGCUCUACAACCACGUCAAGGUGGAGGAGAGCUCCUGGCUCAUUGAGGACGGCAAGGUGGUCACCAUUCACCUGGAGAAGAUCAACAAGAUGGAGUGGUGGAAUAAGUUGGUGACCACGGAUCCAGAACUCAAUACAAAGAAGAUCUGUCCAGAGAACUCGAAGCUGUCAGAUCUGGAUGGGGAGACCCGUGGUAUGGUGGAGAAGAUGAUGUAUGAUCAGAGACAGAAGUCCAUGGGUCUACCCACCUCCGAAGAGCAGAAGAAACAAGACAUCCUCAAAAAGUUCAUGUCGCAGCACCCAGAGAUGGACUUCUCUAAAGCCAAGUUCAGCUAAGAGACGUCACUGUCGUUCCCCAGCCAACCCUCCAUACCCCUCUGCAGGAAAACGACGACUAUGAAUCCUCAUCAAAACCAACCUCCGGCGCCGAUCUUACAGUUGAAUUGAAUCUCUCUUCAUCACCCUUUCUCUCUUUCUUCAUCACCCUUUCUCUCUUUGUCUUCAUCACCCUUUUUGUCUUCCCAUUUCUGUAGUCCUAAAGUGAUGGGUUCUUGUUAGUCUCAUUCCUGUGACUGACAGAAACUUGACGACUGUAAUAACUCCCAUCUUUGUUGUGUUGCAUUUGUUACUGUGUUCUGGAUGUUUUAAAGAAAUGUUUGGAGUUUUUUCUUUUAAAAUAAAGGAAUUUAAACCACAUUCA